UUAAGCGCAAAUUUUGCUAUUUGGUGCAUUUGAAUAUUAUAGAAAAAAUGCAUAAAUAAAUUGUAUAUGAAAAGGUGUUAUUUUUUUAGUUCUGAAAUAUUUUGUGGAAUUAUAUAUGUUUGCAGUAAAUGAAAACAAGCUGAGACCAAAGGCAUCCGUCAGAAAAAGAAAAGCGCUGGCAGUUGUUUGCGAAAAUUUAUUAAGUGUGACUGGAGCCAAUUGUAUACAACGCACUAUUUGGAGCUAAAAAAUAAGAACGUACACAUUGAAAUACUCUAAAUAGGAAAGUAGUGCAGUCAGUGCAAUUUGAGGUCGUUUUGUAUAUAAAAAACUGCACAAGGUCUGCCCACAGCUUGGUUUCUGUAUAUGUAUAAAUAAUGUCGACGAAUGUUUUGGAUAGCGGUGGCUGUGGAGAUGGGAGUGGUAGUAAUUUUAAGAAUAUCUAUGAAUUGUUAGAGGAAUUAUGCAAAACUUUAGCCGGCCCUUCUGAUAAUCACAAAGAAAUUUUGCGGCACGUAACACAGUAUAUAUCCAACUGUCCGACAGCUUUGAGCUCAACAUUGCCUUACGACGAAACCUCUUUACUGACGAAAAUCACACGCAAUCUUGAUGCCACAGCCUCAAGAAGCGCAACAUCGAAUGUCUUGCCCACUGGAACAGCAAGAGUCGAUAGCGAAAGCUCUUCGGAGGAUACAACAGGAAUUGGAAACAAUAGCGCAAUGUUUUUAAAAUUUCACGAGCAGCUAAAAGCAUCGCUUCCGGAUGAACAAAAACGUACCGCUUUGCUGACUUUCUUAUACUUCAUGGCUGACUCCAAAUAUCCUCCCGAGAAUGGAUACAAUAGUUGUAUCGGUGACAACCACCGCAGCAAUUUAGUGACUACAGCUAAUUCUGCGCUCCAAUCGAUACGUUCACAUUUGUUACAUAAAUCUUCUGCACAAGCGCAUUUGCAGCAAUCCGCGCUUCCGUCGGCCAUGAAAUCAACACAUGCAAAUUCUUUAUAUCAACACACGCCAAUGAUAUCUGGACGAAAUGCUAUUCGCCGAAUGACCCCUGAAAGUGAUUCGGCAGGUGGCAGUGGCGGGCCACGAUUAAAAAUUUUACCUCUGCGUGCCGACGGUGGUAAAUCACUUGAAAUUCAGCAUAAUCUCAACGACGACAUUGUACAAAAUAUCAUAUAUGCAUUCAUGGGUAUACAAGGCAAAUACCUUAAAAAGGACGUAAUUUCAGGCCGUUUUAAAUUGGAUUCAAAGGCGAAGACUUUAAACGUAGUGCAGGCUGGCAUGUUGCUGAGACUCUCCGAGUUGGGUUAUUACCACGACCUAGUACAGUCAUAUACAGAUACCAAGAGUGGUUUGUGCCCCUUAGGCCUCAUGGGCCAAGGGUUUAUAUCUGCGCUGAAAAAUGAGCUCACCAGAUAUUAUGGCAUGGUCGCUACUCUUCAGGAACAGUUGAAUAGACAAAGAGAUUUUGAGCACAAUACUAUUUUAAAAGGUAAUAGUAUCGUACCAAUGCGUCAAGAACGUCUUACAUUGAUGAAAAUUCUCGUAUGGUCGGUGGAUGCACUAAAGAGGCUUAAGUGGUUGGCUACCAUUGCCGAGGCGUGCCAGGAGAAAAAAGGUGGUGCGCUUGCUUCGACGGUACACAGUUUUCUGAAUAACGGCAACCCUUCAGUAAAGUCCUUAGUUCGUGAACUGUUGCUCGCCAUUUGUGGUCCACUAUAUCAAAUGCUUUCACAUUGGCUGCUAGAAGGAGAAAUCAACGAUCCGCAUGGUGAGUUCUUUAUUGAAUGUUUAGCAGAAGUUGGACCCGAUCGUCUGUGGCAUGAUAAGUAUCGUGUUCGCACAGCUAUGCUACCAAAUUUUGUCUCUACGGAAAUGGCACACAAAAUUCUGGUUACAGGAAAAAGCAUAAAUUUCCUUUGUGAAAUAUGUGAAGAUAAUAGAGCGGUAAAGGGACGCGAUGAACUACGCCAAUGCAUUGAAGAAAAUGCGGAUCAUAUAUUUUCACACGUUGCCGAUACAAAGUUGCAUUCAACCAUCGAUGCUAUUUACUUGAAUACUUCAAAACGCGUCCUAGAUAUAGUCAUGGGCCCUCAUAAACUUCUUGAACACCUACAAGCAAUGCGUCGUUAUCUAUUGCUAGGACAGGGAGACUUCAUUGGAAUUCUUAUGGAAAAUUUGAAAUGUGAGCUGGAUAAACCGGCUAAGGAGCUUUACUCAUACGAUCUUUCAUCGAUAAUGGAUGCCGCAAUACGUUCUACAAACGCACAAUAUGAUGAUCCGGAAAUUCUCAAUCAUUUAGAUGUACGAUUGUUGACUCCAUGUGAUGGCGACGUCGGUUGGGACAUACUAUCAUUGCAGUAUACCGUGCGUGGUCCCUUAGCAACUAUGCUUGAACCAUGUAUGGGCAUUUAUCAAAUACUGUUUAAACCGUUAUGGCGUAUGAAACACAUGGAAUUUGUGCUUUCAUCAAAAAUCUGGAAGGAUCAAAAGUGCAAUGCCAAGCCGCUCCGUUCCAUGGCGAGUGAACUGAAUCAGGUGCUCUAUCGCUUACAUCUGUUCACAUCUGAAAUGAUACAUUUCAUACACCAAAUGCAGUAUUACAUACUUUUUGAAGUGAUCGAAUGCUCUUGGGCCGAAUUACAGGAUCGUGUGCAGCAAGCAAAAGCGUUAGAUGAUAUACUCGACGCUCAUGAUGAUUUCCUUAAUGCUAUUAAAUGUGGGGCGUUCCUUGACUCCAAUUCCGGGCAGUUAUGCCAAAAUAUGGAAAAUGUUUACGAUGGUAUAAUACGGUUAGAAUUGUGGCAGGAAAAAUUCUACGAAGUCUGUUUUAAAGAGCUAUCGGCACGCAAGGAGUUUGAAAAUUACAUUAUAUCAUCCGAGAAGGCGGGAGAAUUUGGAGUAACUGCAGAGCGUCAAUUGGAGCGAGAUCAGGAACAUAAGUUAUUCGAUCAAUUCAUUGGGAGCUACACCAAAUCACUGGAUAACAUUUGCGCCGAUUAUGAAAAGGCAGUACGGUGUUUCUUGUUGACGCUAAAUUCCCAUAACGACCAUAAUCUUCAACUAUUCGGUAUACGACUGGAUUUCAAUGAGUAUUACAAGAAACGAGAUCAGCGGCUGUGUGUGCCGCUGACCUUCGAGCAUAUGCGAAUGAGUAUUAUGUUUAAUGGAAAUAAAAGUUUGGCAGGCAGUCGAUACUCAACUGUAAAUUGACAUUCACCAAUGUCACCGCGGUGCCAGGCAGUUCACCAACAGCAACACAAUGUUAACAUUAAAAAUACAAAAUCCAACUUCAAUUUCAACCUCCCCUCGUCUAUUCACGAUGCUGAAACAGCAGAAUUGAUGUUCUGGGCUAAGACAAAAAUUAAUUGCCAGUAUGCCAAAAAUAAAUUGUUGCAUGACCAGGUAAAACGUAAAUUAGUGUUGGCAAAGAAGGGAGGAAAAUUGCGAAAGGAUAUUAGUAACCACCAGAUUAGUGCCAACCAAAUUUUGCCAUGUACUUCUGUUGCAACUUCAAUACGUCCUAUAUUUUUAGCUGAACAAAAAGAUUGCAUCUAUAUGGCGUGUUGUGAGAUCUUGUAAGCAUUCGCUCGUAAGAUUUAAUCGAAUAAUAUGAAAAAUAUGCAAAAAAGAAAAUGCAAUAUUUUAUCUAUGCAUGUGGUGGGAAGAAUAUAAAAAAAAAGAAAAGAAAAGAAAUUGUGGGAUGUAAUAAAUUCUUUGUAACGUUUUUGUUAAAUUCCAACAUUUAAAUGAAUACAUUUUAAAGUUUUGUUCUACACUUUUCUUAAAUCAAUGAUUCUCAAUUUUGUUAAUGGUAAAAGUAUAUACCACAACGUACCAGAACUUUGAAAUUUUAAGACCUAAAUAAAUAUAUACAUAAAUUUAUAAUAUUAAUUUGUGGAACUUUAUUAAUUUCACUAAUUGUCAAGCAUACCUAUAAUUACUGUUAUUAGAAGAGAAAACAACUUUGACAUAUUAAUAGCACAAGAAAUGCUUGAGCACAUUUAAAUUGAAGUUUUUAAUAAAUACACCAUAUUUUCAAAUAGUACUCAUGGAAGAAAAGUGUGUUAUAUGUAUAUAUAUAGUUGUUACCUGAAAUGGUCCAAACUUGCCAACUAAAAAAAUAAAUUGAAUCAAUAAAAUUUUAAAUUUGCAAUGA